CCAUGAUGCAACGAGUCCGAGUCUGACCCGAGUUUUUUUUUAAAGAAAGUUCAAUUAUGUGUUUUUAUUUAACAUCAUAAACCGCAGUCCUGUUCUAAUGUUGUUUCCUCCUCAAAAAUCUUUAUUAUUAGUCUGCGGAAAAUGCUGUGUUCCACCUUGUGAUGUCACGAAGUGUCUGCAUAGUCCCUCCUGGUCCGGUCUUGGUCUCUGAGAAUAACACGGCCGAUGUGGAGGUGGUCCAGAUCGACACCAGUCCGAGUCCAGACCUGGUCUUGGAUCUCCUCGUGAACCCUGAUGACCUCUUCUAUCUCCACGGCAACGCCCUCAUGGCCAAAAGAGGACUGGACUUCGAGGUGAGGACCAGACCUGGACUUUGGGCCUGGACCACAGACUGUUUUUCCAGAAACUUUUCCAAAAAUCCAAAUAUUAAGAUCUGCAUAGUCCCUCCUGGUCCGGUCUUGGUCUCUGAGAAUAACACGGCCGAUGUGGAGGUGGUCCAGAUCGACACCAGUCCGAGUCCAGACCUGGUCUUGGAUCUCCUCGUGAACCCUGAUGACCUCUUCUAUCUCCACGGCAACGCCCUCAUGGCCAAAAGAGGACUGGACUUCGAGCUCAGUGAGUCUGUGGAGGUCCUGGUGGAGAACAUCAACGACAACCCCCCAAACUUCGACCGAACUCACUACGUCCUGGAGGUGAACGAGUUGUCUCCGGUGAACUCCAGCGUGGGUCUGAUCGAAGCCACAGACGUCGACUCUGAGCCGCUGUACUAUCGCCUGGAGCCGGCCUCAGAUAAGUAUUUCCGUCUGGAAAACGCGACCAGCCCGAAGAUCGUGGUGAAAAGCAUCAUCGACUACGACACGAUUCAGAAGAUCUCACUGGUCCUACACGUGCAGGACACGUUUAACGGCUCGGCGUCGAACAAACCGUUCUUCACGUCGGUGGCCACUCUGACGCUGAACAUCCGGGACGUGGACAACAGGCCUCCCUGGUUCCAGCCGUGCGUCCGGACCUCGCUGGGCCUCAGCAAACUGUGCGUGAGCGGAGGCUACAGGGGCCGCGUCAACCUCACCGAGAAGGAGGAGGGGCCUCUGGUUCUGGAGCCUGGUCCGGUGUUCGCCAAAGACGGAGACCGAAACCGCAGCGAGCAAAUCAGCUACAAGAUCCUCAAAGGAAACGAGGGGAACCUGUUCCAGAUGGACGAGGACACGGGAAACAUCACCAUGACCAAAGCCGCAGACGUCCUGGGCCCCAUCACCCUCACCGUCAUCGCGUCGCAGGUGCAGAACAGAGACCAGUUCGCGGUGGCUCAGGUCGUGUUCGAGGUGAUGAAGAAGAGCCGGAGUCCUCCUCGUUUUGAGAAGGAAAGAUUUGAAGGAUUCAUCUACAGCAACUCUGUCCCCGAGAGUCUGGUCCUGAGGGACCGGAGCACCAACCGGCCCUUCAGGGUCAGGGCCCGCGACGAGGACUUCGCCACGGGCGUAAAUCCUGAUGUGAAGUACGAGGUUCAGUACAGCAGUUACGUGAACGUGACGUCAGACGGGUUUGUGAUUCUGAAGCGAGUCGUCAAAACCGAGUCCUUCGCUCUGCAGCUGCGGGCCGUGGACUCGAGCACCGGCGAGUUUGGGACGGCGGCGCUCUCGGUCCAGGUGAUCCCGGCCGUGGCGAUCCCGUCCCCGGCCAGCGGGGGGUAUCGUCCCGGAGACAUGGCUCUGCUCGGGCUGGUGAUGGCCGCGCUCCUCGUGCUCUGCCUCAUCAUCAUCGGGUUCCUCCUCUCCAGAGUCCUGAAGGGAGACGGAAAGAUCUGCCAGUGCUUGGGCCCCUGCUUCUCGGGCCCCCAGUCUCACUCACACAGAGACUCUCUGCAGUUCACCAACGACGGCUUCCAGACGGAGGCGGACUCCAGGGGGCGAUGGGGAGCCAUGUUCCCCAGAGGCCGAGUGCUUCCUCUGGGCAAACGCAGCUCCAAAACCUGCUCCUCCUGCGGAACCUUCUCCAACCACAUCCACCGCACGAGCCCCAUGAGCCGCCGCAGCCCCGAACUCAGGAACGGCUCUGAGUCUGUCCUGACGCGUCCCAAGAGGAAGGAGGGACAGAAGUCGGUUUGGUUCAAAGAGAGCGAGAACUCCUCAGAGAUCGAAGUGGAGAUCAUCCCCGACACCGCCAUCCUGGACGACGGCGAGGAGACGCAGGAGGAGGAGGAGCCCAAACAGGAAGAGGAGGCGGUGCGCGACCCCAAAGCCCCGAUGAGAGACGAGAGCCCGGACACAGAGACAAACCCCGAGAACACAGACAAGAAGGCGGAGGAGUAGAGCUGCUGCCCAAGAGACUUUUACUUCACAAAUAACCUUAAAGCUAAAUUAACUUUUUGAUAUUCUGUCCGAGUUGGUGGUUCAAUGCCAGACACGUUCCCCUUAUCCACAAAGUGCUCCUCCGGGUUUUUAAAGUGCCUACAACAGACUGGUUACUUCACUGACCAGGCUCAAAGUCUUAAAGAGGGGGUAUCAUCCAGAAAAAAAACUGCCUGAAGAGGUCUAAAGGUCAGUUCAAUUCGGAGCGUCAACGGGUCCAGUUUACACGUAAAGUCUACGGGAACGUGCAUCUGAGGAGUCCUUCGGGGGGUUUUUUUCCGCUUCAACCAGGGGCGUAGUCAGUGAGGUUCGCGGGAGUUCGCCGUCCACCCUCUUCUCCCGACGUGAGAUAUAAAAAAUAACAAAUACAAAAAAAAUUUACAACUUAAAUGUUAAACCGGAGCAACUGGCAACGAUGAAAACAAACUGCAUAGGCUCAUGAGGGAACCAGGACUAAAACAGGUCUAAACCAGAACUAAACCAGGUCUAAAUCAGAACUAAACCAGAACUAAAGUACAAGAUUAGUAAUGGUAGUAAUGGUUUAAUCCUGGUGUAGUCCUGGUUCAGUCCUGGGUUAGUCCUGGUUUAGUCCUGGUUUAGACCGGCUUAGACCUGAUUCAGUCUUGGUUCAGUCCUGGUUCAGUCCUGGUUCAGACCUGGUUCAGUCCUGGUUCGGUCCUGGUUUAGUCUUGGUUUCGUCCUGGUCUAGACUUGGCUUAGACCUGGUUCAGUCCUAGUUUAAUGCUGGUUUAGUCCUGUUUUAGUCCUGGUUCAGUCCUGGUUUCAGUCCUGGUUCAGUCUUGGUUUCGUCCUGGUUUAGUCCUGGUUCAGUCUGAUUCAGUCCUGGUUUAGUCCUGGUUCAGUCAUGAAUCCCGUACCCCCACUUAAAAAAAAUCCCCACUGCACCACUGGCAUCAACUAAUCAAGGACGACUCUCCCGAGAUCCGAGAACCAGGGCCAGGAGCCACGAACAUGAGUGGAAUAUAAAUAUAAACAUGCUGCAACUGCCGAGCCGGUCGCCAGGACUAAACCAGGACUAAACCAGGACUAAACCAGGACUAAACCAGGACUAAACCAGUGUCAUUAGCAGAGUAUAAAUAUAUUCACGCCACAACCGUCGAGCCAAUCUCCCUCCGCUGAUGUGUUUUAUGUAAUAGAAACACUAAAGUCUCUCUCAGCCUGGUCCAUCGUUCCUGGAAAAGUCCGUCACAUGUUUCCACGGCAACGGACGCCCUGCCUGGUCAAUGCGUCAAGUAUUUUUCUCCCGUUCGUCCACGGCGUCCAAGAAGCUCGUCGGGGGCGUCUAAACUCAAAUGAAAAGGCUCCGACUAGAGGCGUCCGGCGCGUUUUUUUGACGCUCCGAUCUGAACGAACCUUUAGACCCAAGUCUGUACGAGGCUCCGCCCACAAGCCUGCGUCAUGUCCCCCAUUCGCUCACACGACAAAUCUAUAUAAAUACACAAAAACAUGACUCAAAACUGAACACGGCAACUCGACAAACCUGACGUGAUGUGCGGUAGUUUCAUAUUGUGUUGUGAUAGCGCUCUGAAGGGGGAGCGACUUAGCACGGAGAGCGAAGUCAGGGGAGACUCGGAGCACGUUCUGUGUCGGCGGUUAAUUCCCCGUAGAAGUCAGAUACCCCCUCUUUAAUGUGACUGAAAGCGUUUCAGAUCACGCGACGACCUCAAACAACUCGACGUUUGACGAUUAAAGAACAAAGAAUGUUACGAACAGUUUUACGCUUUUAACACACGUCCCUCGAUCUUCACCGCUUCAUCCUCGCCGCGCUGCUAAUCAUCCACUUUAAAGACGAUGAACUAAAUCCACUCUCUUCCACGACUUAACUGUGUAGAUUGUGUUUUAACAGCUUUAUCUUCUGUCAUUCAGCAUUUUUGGCAACUUUUCUACUCAAAAACAGUCAAAAAGAGUUUGGAAAAUGCAGAAUUUUCCAGUAGCUGGUGACAUCACACACGACUGCCCUGAUUACAGCCGGGUGUACCUCCAGACCCCUCCUCCUCCUCUCACUCUCCCGUUUAAGGCCAGUUCAUACUUCAGAAGAUCAUUGAACUUUGUUGUUGUUCUUGAGGUGAUAAGAACAAGAAAAAAGUUUGUUUAGGCUCUGACAUUUCAUACUUCAAAAGAUGUUCUGCUGAGGAAGUGUCCCGCCCCCUCGCUCUGC